UGUUCUGUGUCAACAGGGGUGCACACGGAAUUUCUUCCGGGAAUGAAAGAAUUUUUUAGAAUAAUGAAAAAUUUAAACAUUUGGGAUGAUGUUUUGGUUUGGUUUGGAGCUCGAAUAUGUUGCGGAUUCACUGCUCGAAUGUUGCUGACCUAUGUUUAUGCGGCCAGUUUCCGCGAUCCAGCAGCUUUUAAACGCUGUUUUUCCGCAGAUUUUCCAUAGUUUGGUUAGUAAUUGGUGUCCUUAUCAUUUAGGGCUGGCGCCGUGAAACGAUGCAUUGCUCUGUGUUGCAGCAAUCGCGUUUUCUCCUGUGUAGAACCAAGUAGGCGGCACCAAAAAAAAGGACUCUCAGUGGUAUCCGGCAGCAAGCAGCGGGUAUUCGGUAUUCGCGGAUUCGCAGCAGCCUACGAAACGGGACUGGACGACUCAUCAUUUCCUGGUGCUGAAUCCUUUUUAUGCGGCAGACUGAGUAGUUGGCGGACGAACGGAACGGAACGGAACGGAAACAGACUGGAAAAGCUGCUGGAUAGAUUGGGCGGUUAGUCGAUCAGCAAUCGAUUCUUUGACCGGUGGCAAGGGGACUCGGUGUGUCGGCAUGGAGCUCAAGAAACCGGUGUUGAACAUUGUGGUCGUUGGCUUUCAUCACAAGAAAGGCUGUCAGGUGGAGUUUUCCUACCCACCGCUGGUGCCGGGAACCGAGGGCAAGAACGAAUGCCCAUCCGGCUGGAAGUAUCUGCCCACGCUUGCACUGCCGGACGGCUCACACAACUUCAACUCCGACACCGUGUGCUUCAACCUGCCCAGCCUAACCGAGCCACAGCAAUCGGUGUUCGGCAUCUCCUGCUACCGCCAAAUCGCGAUCGAGGACGUGAAGAAUCGUACCGCCGAUCUGACGCGCAGCACCGUACAGAAAUCGGUGUGCGCACUAUUGUCGGUUCCCAUCUAUGGCUACGUCGAGGUGAAACUGUCGCUGAUUGCGCGUGCUUACUUUGAGCAGGGCGACUUCGCCACCACCGAGCUGCUGGAGAAGGCGUACGAGCAGCUGAACGCUUGUCUCGAGCCGCAGGACAUCAUUGGCCCGUCGCGCCUACUCUUCGUCGGUAUGCCGUUGCGGGAUUUGCUGCUCAAGUGGAAACACAAGAUGCUAAUACUGUUCAAGCUGCAGCUGCUGCAGAAACGUGUGCUUUACUUUGGCUCGCCGGUACAUCCAACGUGCUCACUGAUACUGAGCGUUGUCUCGCUGCAUCCAGAGCUGAUUAGUAAAGGCUUUCAGCAGGUAGCCUGUGUCAAAACAAUAUCAGAGGAACCGCCAAUCAACGCACCCACUACCGGUCAACCACUAUCACCCACCAAUCAAGAGCAUAGCGCACAGGAGGCGGCCAGUAAUGUGCAUAAAGAAACGGUCGCCAAUCAAGAACAGUCGGAUGCAGUUGCCUGUGAGGUGACAGCGCAGACGAAACGCGACGAGUGCGGUGACUCUUCCGCCGCCGCAGUCAUCGGUGGCAGCAAUCCCGAAAACCUCACUCACUCCGAAGACCAAUCAUCCCUGUCCGACUCGUCAUCGUCGUCGUUCGUUGUGGGCGACCAGGACGUGCCGAAGAAACGCCGCUCGUCGGCAGAGCUGGUGCGCGAUGCGAGCAUGUACCAAAUCGCGCCCAACUUCGAGAGUCUGUGUGCAAUCGAGCCAGGUUCGUGGGGAGCCCCGCUCCGGCUCUUCGGUGAUGGCAACCUCUGCCUACCGUACCUUUCGCUGCCCUAUUUGGAUCUGCUGACGGACCCGGCCGUCCACAGCUACACGAUCGGCACGUCCAAUGUGCUGUUUCAGCACAAGCGCCAGCUGGCAAACGUGCUGGUCGACGUCGAGGGCGGCAUCAUCGAGAUGCUCGAUCUCGAAACCAAGCGGCAACUGCACCUUACCACCGAGGACCUGCGCUUCAUCGACUAUGUCGUGCGCAACGCGCAAACGCCCCGCGAGGACGCGGAAGGCAGUGAGUGUUGGAUACGCAAUCAGCUGUACGGUUACACGGUGGCACUUCUCAAAACCUCCCUCGAAGAAGGCACGAAGCAGGACAAUUUCAACGCACACUUCAUGACUGCGUUCAAAGCGACGCACUGCUACAAAGACUGGCUCAAGCGGACCGGCGAGGGCAGUAUACCGGCGUUUGACGACCUACUCGGCGGUCACCCGUUCGCAGGAUCUCUCUCGGUUGCAGAUAUGAAGCUGAAAAUUGCACAAACGAUGCAGAACAGCGAUGGAGGUCGCAAGCUGAAUCAAGCUGUUACCAGCACCAGCCGCGUCGUCGGUACAGCCAUCACCACCGCGAAGGGUGCCUUUUCCAGCUGGUGGAACACCCUUACAACGCCUGUCCCGGCUCAAAGCCCAUCCGUCUCACCGCAACAGGAGGUGACCGAGUGGAAGGUGGAAUCGCAGGGCCCUGAAGUGAGGCCACAUACCGAAACGAUCGGCGCUGCCAGCAUCGAACACGAUAUCAGCCAGCAGCAGGGCGCGGCUGUCACCAACGCUGUGAUCGAAAUAGGAAGGGAGGCAGAGCUGUUAAACCGAAUUCAGCUUACCACCACGGAAGAUGCUCAACCGGCGUAAAGCACGAAUGCCCCGGAUGCUCUAGUUUGCAUGCGGGAUUGACGAGGGAACGACUAGUCACAGAUAGGCGGUGUACGUGGUCUACGAAAUCUAAAGUAUGUCGUUCACAACUCCCUCAUCAACCGACAGAAAAGAAAGGGCAGGGACACCUGUACGAUCUCACUGUACGGUUUGCUAGGUGAAAAUCUCAUCCACGUCUAGCUCGGCCAGGGACUUUGUGUCGGCGAUGGCGCGUGUACAACAAGUGUAUGCCACUCGGUUAUAUUAUUUGCAAUAUGUUACCAAAACCAAG